AUGGUGCGGCUCAACAGCUGCCAUGGCAAUGAGUUCAACCCCCUCUUCCGCAGCGACAUGGGCUCCGACUCAGAGGAGGGCAGCAGCGACAGCGGAGAGGCGGUGGCUGAGGGCAGUGACGGAGAUCUCGAGGAUGCCGAUCCUGACCCGGAACCACUGGAAGACUUGGAUGGGGCAUUUGCGGAUGCGCGAGACUGCUGGAAGAUCGACGCAGAAACUCUGAAGGGCUUUUACCUUCACAGCCCCACAGGACAGCUGUUCAGCUGGGACCAGGCGCAGGGAGUCCUGUAUGAGUACAUCCGCGAGUCUGGGGAAUGCAAGGCAGGGUCCAGGGUGGUUUUUCUGGAGCAAGCAGUAAUUGCAGAGCACGAUAUUUGCUUUCUCUGCAUCUUGCAUCUGUCCCGGUACCGUGCAGCCCAGAGGGCUGCCGCGGCCUCCGAGGAUUUCUGUAAGCGACUGCGUCUUGGGAACUGCGCCUUGGAGGCUCUCCUGUCCCUGCCUCCAGCUGGCCAGGCCUACGUUCUCAAGACAUUUUGUGCGCCAAGAAGCGACCCGGCAGGGGCCUUGUGCCGGCAGGUAGAGGUGCUGCGCCGACUGGGGAACCAAGCCCCUUAUGCUUCCGCACUGGAGGAGGCCACCAUUCGUGUGCCGACAAGCGGCGCUAUACUGGGUCGUUGUGUGCCGGAGGUGACGGCCCUUUGCUGGCACGAUACCGACCCUGUGGCCGCAGCGCACUGUCGCAUCUCGAGUGUUGACGGCCAGUUUUCGGUCUGCGAUCUUGGCGCAGAUGAGGAAGGGACCCUCUUUGAUGGCCGACGUUUGGGCGCAGCCUGGUGCCCGUUGAAGGAUGGCUGCAAUCUGGAUAUGGGCCCCAUCCGUAUCCGUGUAGAGCUGAAGCCCGUGCAGACCAAGAGCGCGGCCAACAACAAGGCGUCGAGCGAGAUUCUCAAGGCCUCUGCUCCUGCAAAGCGCGGAGGUUGGCGAUCCGCCAAGCGCAAGGGUGCAGACAGAGAGCCGGAGCCCGCCCCAAAGCAUCCCAAAGCGGAUCUCAAGAAGGUCACUGCUCCUCUUCUCCGAGAGCCCUCGCCUGAGCCGCACCCUGCUGGCCUGAGAUCGGCGCAGCUACAGCAGAAUCUUUCCGGCAUGGUCAGAGACCCAAAUCCGCCGAGCCCCCCGCAACUGUUCGCGCCGCGAAGUGGCGCCUACGAUGCCGAGCUCCUGCGGCUUCAGAAGCGCCGGGCGCACUGUCCGGCAGUUUCGGGUGCGGGUCGAGCGGGCCUUGCCUUUUGGGCUGCCCCCCGCAGCCCUUCGCCCGAAGUCAGGGCCGCCAGUCCGGAGCCAGACUGGAUUCCACGGACCCCGCCCUGA